GAAACGAUAAAAAUUUAAAGAAAAUGAGCUAUUCUUCCGUUGUAUGGAUUGAUGAUCCCUUUUUCAUCAAACGUCAACGGGUUCAAAUGGCAUGUUCUUUUUGCCGUCAACGUAAGAUAAGAUGUGAUGGAAGAAACCCUUGUGCAAAUUGUAAGAAAUACGCUACAGCUUGUACAUACGUUAAAAUCGAAAGGCAACCGAGGAAGCCGAGCAGGAACGGAAAUGACAAUGAAAAUAAUGAUAAUAAUAAUGGUGGAAGCAGUAGCGGUUCUGGAAAUAAUCAAUCUUCUUCUCAAUCAACAAAUUCAAAUUCUCUUAACGUGUCUUCUCAACAAACUGGUACUUCCACUAGACAAUCCUCCAAUUCAGGUCGUGGAAAACGUCCGAUUGAAGAAGUUGAGCAAUUACCUCCAAAUUUACCUCCUUCUCGUCGUUCUGCUCCUUCCACUCAAGGAAUUUUUAAUCCAAAUCCAACUAUGACUACCACUCCACAAUCCGCAAAUUGGCAAAGUAAUUCCAUAUCAGUUGCUAAACCGGAACCAAAACUGCCUUUAAUCGACAAUCCAGUUAUGCCAAAUAAUGAUGUUAUUGAACAUUUAUUAGCACUUUAUUGGGUCAAUGUUCAUCCUUAUGUUCCAGUUCUCAAUAAAAAUCUUUUCCUUCAACAAAGGGAGAAUGCUAAUGAUCCACCAUCUCCUUUAUUACUUAAUGCUAUGUUUGCUGUUUCGGCUGAAUUUUCUGAACGUCCUUCUGUACGUUCCGAUCCUGAAACUCAUGAAACAGGUGGAUGGAUUUAUUUUGAUAGAGCUCGUGCUUUACUUGAUGAUUUUAUGGAUGCUCCUAGAAUGUCUACAAUAGCUGCCCUUAUUCUUAUGUCAAUUUAUCAACAACAUAAUACAAGACGUUCUGGUAUUUCCCCAGGAUAUUUUCGUAGGUGGAUGUAUAUUGGGAUGGCAAAUAGGAUGGCUCUUGAAUUAGAAUUAAAUAAAGAUUGUGAGGAUCCACUUCUUGAUAAUUCUCAUAAAAAUUUAAGAAAAAGAUUAUGGUGGUCUCUUUUUAUGGUGGAUGUAUUAGUUUGUUGUGGUAUUGGGAAGGCUAGUAAUAUCGAGGAAGAUGAAUGUACAAUCCCUGAACCUGAUAUUGAUAUUGAUGAACCUGAAUUAAAAUCAAAUGGUGCUAUUAAUGAGUUUGUUCAUCAAGUUAGAUUUACUAGGAUGUUACAUUUAUUAUUAAAACAUAAUUUCUCUUCAAAAUUAUCCGCUUCUCCUUAUAAUCAAGACAAUAUUGUUGCAAAUUUUGAGGAACAAAUUCAUACAUGGGCUUUUCACUUGCCCCUUCAAUCAACGGAUACACUUAUUGGAAAUUCUAAUAAAUUUUCCACCCAAUCAACUCAUUUACAUAUGCUAUAUCAUUCAUUUAUUAUCCUAUUACAUAGGAGGUAUAUAGCUAAUUUUGAAUCUUUACUAAAGUGUACCCAAGCUGCGGCUCAAGUUACCCCUAUUGGAGAAAAGAUUCUUCGUACAGCUUCUACUCCUUUUAGAGGAUUCCUUAAUUGUACAACUUGGUGUUUACUUCAAGCUGGAAUGAUCCAUGCUUUAAAUAAAUUUAGAGGCAACGAGGAAACGAGUCAAGUUGCUGAACAACAUUAUGAUAAGAUCGUUGUUUUAUUUCAACGUUAUUCACAAUUUACUGCAUUACAUGUAUUACAAGAUCAUGCAAAUACUUGUAGUUCACAUCGUUUAUCAAUGAUGGAUUAUUGGUCUAGUCCUGAAAAUGGACAACAACAACAACAGCAACAUCAUCAACAUCAUCAUCAACAAACGCAUGAUUCAAUGUUUACAUUAUCUAAUUUGGGUGCUGGAAGUAAGAACUUGUCCUAUGGUACUACUCUACAUAUGUCACCAGGUACAGCUGCUAAUAACGGAUUCUUAACACAAAUUAAUACACCUUUUCCAAGUCCACCUCACGGAACUGUUUCUCCUCUCUGUCAAACACCUAAUGAAUCUCCAAAUGUUGAUUUAGGGCAAUUUACAAAUAUAACAUCCCCAUUAAUUGACAGUGAAGGAACCCCUGUACAUUCGCCUAAUCAUUAUGUUGAUUAUAAUCCAUUUCCUGUACUUGGAAAGGAUCAAGGGUCAGGUUGUGCAGAACUACUUAAUAAUGAUGAAGAUGGUUGGCCAUUUAGCGGUCAUGAGGCUACUACAACUUCUGCUUGGCAACAUAAACAUUAUAGUAAUAAUACGACACAUUUAGAAAAUGAAAAUUAUCAACCUCAUCCCGCCACACCAUCUGCAUCACCAGUUGAUGUUUUUGGCAUUUCCACGCCUACCAUUCAUGCUUCACCUACCACUUCACCUUUUCAUUCUCCAACUCAACAAGAUGUUGAUGGAGGUAUAGAGUCAAAUACUAUUUCUAAUGAUUCCACUCCAAGUAUUGGUAAUACGACACCACCUGGUGGUUAUUCACAAUCAGCUUACAAUUCUUCACCAAUUUCUUCUAAUCGUCAUGAAAGUGAAUCGUCUUGUGGAACCGGAUAUGUUGUUAGUGGAUUUAGUGGGUUGGGAAUCUGUUCAUAAAGAGAGAACAGAAUUUUUUUUGGGAUAAAAUUGCACUUUUUCUUCUUCAUUCUAUUUUUUUUUUUUCUUUUUUAAAAAUUUUUUU